AUGACAACGCCAGCUCUCCAAAUUGUAGCUAUUACUGAUCGAGAGCUACUACCGGAAUGUCUCCCAAACCUUAUGCCAUUCCAUAUCAAUUAUAAUGGCCCAGCGGCAGUAUCGACAUUUAUGCGCAUCAAGCACGCAAAGGGGGAGGUUGGUGCGCCUGAGAAAAACCAGAUUGGGGGUAUCAAUGAGGAAGUGGUGGUUGGAGUUGAAGGGUUGACGGUAAAGGAUGCAUCCGCUGAGAAACAAGUAGUCAUGAUCAAGAACGAGGACGUGUCCAUGGAGGAGACUACGACCGACUCGAACCUGCCUCAAAUCAAACAGAAGGCAUCGGAACCAAUCACUGAACUUGACAUUGAAAAAGAUGUGGAGGAAAGGGACAUAGUGUCAUUCGGAAACAGUACUCCCGGUGAGCGAAAGGGCGAAAAGGCGGCCCAAGUCGCGACAGUGAUGGAUGCUUCGCAAGACUCGUCCUCCGAAAUGCCCAUCCUCACUGGGUCAACAUCGUCAGUUGAGCUCCCAUCUCCACUAGAAUAUAUCAUUCCCUCCCCUUCGGAUCCUGAUUCAUCACGCUUUGUGUCGACUUUCCGAGGACGCGCUAUUCACGGUCUAAAGGUCGGCUUACCUGCUGGCUAUGUGGGCGUACUGCUUCGCUCCGAGGGUGUUGCUAGCAGCAGUCAAGCUACUAGGAAUAAAGGGAAGGCGAAGGCAAAGCCGGUACUGAAAAAGGUAACAACUCGGAAGGGUAGAUUCACCCGAAGCGCGGUCCCGAAACGCGCAGUCGAGGAGGUGGAGGCGGAGGACCAAGAACCCGACGAAACCGCGAGCCUGGAGGCCGAUUGCGUUGAGGCACUACCAAACGACGUGCCUAUACGAACGCUUGUUCCCAUCUCACAAUUUUCAUCAUUUGUUCUAUGGCACGCGGACCGACCUGUAGACGAAAAUCGGGACGAGUAUUUUCGCUCCCUAGCGGAGUGGACAAAGUUGGCUGAAGAGAUCCAUCAGACCGAGGAUUAA